UGUACGUCCUAAAAUCAAAUUCUGUAGACUUGGACGCUAAUAUAUUUGAAGUUUGAAAUGUCUCUAAGCUUAGCAGUCUUCCUGUUGUAAGGAUCCGAAGCUUUCACAUUGUCUCAUUCCAGUGACUAGCUGCAACCUUAAAGGUCCAGACAUAUUCAGAGCUGAUCAUCAUAUCAACAUAUCUUGCAAGGAGGAGCUUAUCAUAUAUUUUCUUUCCUAAAGAUAUGACCUCACCCCUCUAGAACAUGUUUCAGCUCUACAGAAACCACUCGUUGCUCAGCAGCGACACCAGCGACACCUCCAGCUAUGGCCUGAGCAACACCAUGGAGAACUCCAAGAACAUCCUCUACUCCACCGCUAGUCUGCCUCACACCUUGGAUGACCUACUGGCUGGCAUGAAAGUCCCACCGAAAGAAGCCCGCCAGCCUCCACCCGCUCGCUCCAAGUGCAGCACCAGGAAGGAAAGCGUCCUCAUCAAUCUGGACGUAAGCGAUGGAGAGACCAGCAUCUCAGACAGCGGAUCGGAGUCGCCUGUCUAUGUGCAGUUGCCGCCGGAGCCCGUCAUCCAGGAGCACACGGUCAGCGCCAUCAAUGCCAAGGUCUCUUGGGCCAGCCCACAGAAUGGUGAGUUGAUUUCCUUCUAUGAGCUGCACCUGCAGGAGGCGAAGCUGGAAGGCCAAGGGAAAGAUAUCCAUUGGUUUUGCUCACAGACAGAAGAGAACUUGGAAAACCUGACUCCUGGCACCACGUACGUGAUACGGGCCCGAGCUCUCAAUGUGGCAGGCACAGGGAAAUGGAGUCCACCUUACAGGUUCUGCACAGUUUAUCCAAUCCCAGGCAUGCCCCUGGAUCCUUCUCCUGUCACCGUCACUGUACGAAGGCAUCGGAAAUCCCAAAAGAAAACUAUCUUUAUUCCGUCUCCCUAAGAUUACCUGCACCAGGGCAAUAAAGGAUUUCUCUGAUCUGCUCCAGGAUCCCUGU